AUGUCAUCCACCACAACCCCUAUAGCCAUAGAUGACUUUGUUUUAGCCAUCAAAGAUCUAUCUGAUGAAAAUAUCACCUCAGUGAAAUCCCAGCUUCUAAACUCCAUACUGAAACUUACAGAGAGUAAUGAAUUACUUGAGACGGAGAUCUCAACUACAAAGGAGGCAAUUGCCCAAUUGAACCCCGAUCAGAGUCACCAAUCUCUUGCUGAGGACCUUGAAUUGUAUCAGGAAUCAAUCGAGGAAAACAAGAUUGUGAUUACCAGUCAAAGGGAAAGAGUGACGGCAUUGGAUGCAGAAAUGACCAGCCGUGGACUACUCUCUCAAAAGCAAGAGGAACAAACUAAAUCUGAUGAAAUAUAUCUUUAA